AUGGAAAACAACAGUAUCAAGAGAUCAUUAAAAGAUGGAUGUCGAUAUCCGCACACAGAAACCAAGAAACCUAAAGCGGCUCAGGUCACAACCACAAUAUCACAUCCUAAAUCAUCAAAGAAAAUUAUUGGUUUACAAGAUUUAUCCGAUGAGGUUAUCAUGUAUAUAUUUAAAUAUUUAUCACAUGAUGAUCUUGCCAAAAUGGCACUCUUAUGCCCUAACUUGUCAAGAGUUAGUCAUGAUUGGAGUCUAUGGAAAAAACCAAGAUUUGAAAACUUUGAAAAAUCUAUGGAAGAAGUAUACUUGAGCUACUUAAAAAAGGAUACCACUGAAUUGUUUAUAUCGUGUAAUGAUGUUCCAAGCCAUGAUUAUUCAGUUUCUGAAAAUUUUUUAAUAAAAUUGAAAACAAAAUGCCCAGAAUUACUCGAUUUAACAUUGAAAAAUCAAGUAUUUGAUGAAAUAAAUGUAAAUAUUUUCCAUCCAAAAUUAAAAACGCUGACAAUUGAUAGUUCAACUAUUGAAAACGUUCCAGCUAACACUUCAUUCUUAAUCAGUAUAGAUACUUGCCCAGAUCUAGAGCGACUUAUUAUUACAAACAAUGAUUGGUUUUUGCCUCAAAAUUUAUAUGCAUUGUCCAAGCUAGAACGUUUAAACUACUUAAGUCUCGCAGGUUGCAAACAGUUUAAGGACUGUGUUCCAUAUGCAAGUAUUACUACUAUAAUUGGAUUCGAUUUUUUACAGACACUCGAUUUGCGUUUUACUCCAGUAAGUGACAGGGAACUUGUUUUCUUUCAAAGAUUACCAACUUUGAAAAAUUUUCUUUUGGAAUGCCCUGAGUAUAUGAACCACGAGAUACAUUCAACAAUUACUGAUUUGGGUUUGGCAGAAUUAUGUGCUGCUACUUUGUCCUUCCGCUAUCCAUACUUAGGAGUUAUGAUGGGAGGAAAUGGCGAAAGAUGCUGUAUUGAAACCUUCUAUGUACGCAAUUACCCAAAAGUCACCGGUACAUUUUUGAGAAUAGCUAUCACACAUUGUCCACACCUGAAAUUAUUAGACAUUAUCGGAUCAGGUUGCACUUCAGCAGAAAUUGAAUAUUUUAAAGCAAUUAGACCUAGUACGAAGGUAAUAUACUGA